UCCGUUGAUGGGAAGAUGAUCAUGCAAAACCUCAAUGACCGUCUGGCCAGUUACAUAGACAAAGUGCGAUGCCUGGAGGCUGAAAAUGCUGCGCUGGAAAUCAAAAUUGAAGAUUUCUUUGCCCAGCACGGGCCCAUUGGUGAGGCAAAGGACUACAGCUGCUAUUAUCAAGAGAUCGAGGAGCUUAAACGCCAGAUUAUUUGUGCAUCUGUGGAGAACAACAAAAUCCUUCUCAAGAUAGACAACAACCAGAUGAAUGUUGAAGACAUGAAACAGAAGUUUGAGACCGAAUAUGGCCUUCGUCAGAAUGUGGAAGCCGAUAUUAAUGGGUUACAGCCCAUUUUGGACCAACUGACUCGCAGUAAAUCAGAGUUGGAGGAUGAAUUUGUAUCACUGCAAGAGGAAAUUUGUAAUCUCAAAAAGUCCCAUGAAGAGAAACUGAAGUCUUUCAAAAAACGAACCAGUGAGGUCAAUGUCAAACUCAGCUCCUGCCCUGGACAGGAUCUGAAGAAAAUCCUGGAGGACAUGAGAUGCAAAUAUGAAGCAAUGAUUGACUCGAACCGCAAGGAGGUUGCAGAGUGGUAUGAAAACAAGCUUGAGGAGGUGAACCAGGAAGUCUGUACCAGCGGCAAAGAAGUGGAAAAUGGCAACCAGAAGGUCAUUGAUCUGCGAAGCCAGCUGCAAGGCUUAGAGAUUGAUCUUCAAGCCCAGUGCACUUUGAGGGACACGCUGCAAGCCUCGCUAGGUGAGACCGAGUGCCACUACAAUGCCCACCUGGCCGAAAUACAGGGCCAGAUCUUGUGCAUGGAGCAGCAGCUGGCGGAGCUGCGCUUGGAGAUGGAAGACCAGACCCAAGAAUACAACAAACUUCUGAACGUUAAAAACCGGCUGGAGCAAGAGAUUGAGACCUACCGCCACCUGAUAGAAGGAGGGCAGCAAGACCACGUAGGAGGAGGAGGAGCAGGAUUCACUCACCCAUCUUCAGCUGGGAGCACAGGAGGAACAAGUUCUCAGUCUACAAAACGCCAGUCAAGCCAAGUCACACGCCGCCAUUAGUCAUGCCUGCCUAAGAAUGUACCAGGUGACGCACACAUUAUGAUAUAACAUCAUUGUGUCAUUACUCUGUCCAUCUGGAAGAUUCAGUCAGAUCUCUGCUAUACUUAAGUUUCUAAAAAUAGACGUGUUUGCACCGUGAAACAUUACCAUCUAACCUUAACAACCUGCCUCCUAAUUCUUGAUUUCAUGUGAAAUGUGG